UCCAGCUAGCGACCGAUGCUAUCGAAAUCUCUAAUAUAUCGUAAUUUAUGUUCUUUCCCCUUUAAUUAAAUGAGUAAUUGCCGUGUGUCGUACCGUCAGUAUGUACAGUGGACUCCUGCCGAAGGGUUUAACAGAAGAAGACCUCAGUCCAGAUGACGAGGAGCAGACAGAGGGUGAAAACUGUGAGAGCUCUGCUGAAAAGCGGAGCUCUGUCGGGGGAAAUACUGGCUGCAUGGUGGAGGAACAAUCCUCUCACACUGUCACUGAUGCAGACUGUGAAUCUGCGACAUGCAGCCUGCCUGGUAUAUCCCAGGAAAUGUGGCAAAAAUUCCAAGAUCUGCGGAAGAAGAAAGAAGAGAUGAAGCCAACAGAGGUCCCAAGAAGAAGAAGAAGAAGAAGAAAACACAAGAAAGGUGUCAGUGCUAAUUCAGCAGGGUUCACCACAGCAGGACCAGACAGUGAGGAACCUGCAGAGACAAGAGAGCUUCAGGAGGAGCAGGAGAAGCCCUGGGAUGGGCUUAAGCAGUAUUUUGGUGUAAAUGAUCGAUUUCAUCCCCCCGCAUGUUCCAAACCCCCUCCGAAGUCCGGCCUAGAAAAGAGCAUAGAGGGGGCCAUAGCUGAAGGGGACAUUGCAAAGGCGGAGGAGAUGAGCGACAGACUCGCCACUCGAGAGCUGGCUGUGAAAAUCGCUCAAGCCGCUGAUUGCCGAGACUUUGUGCAACGCAAACAGGAAGAGGAAGCUUUGAGGGCAGCGCAGAAAAGGAAGAGGCAAAUACCCUGGGGGUUUGAGGCGAAAAAACGAUGGGAAACCAAAAGCAACAUGGGCUUCAUGUGACAAAAA